AUGGAGCGAAGGACCGAUACCAGGACAUACAAGCUGAAUCAUGCGAUGAUUCGCGUGAAGGAUCCCAAAAGGACGAUUCAAUUUUACGAGCUUCUUGGCCUCAGCGUUAUCCAAAAGCUUUCAUUUCCUGAGAAUAAGUUCGAUCUUUACUUCCUCGGUGUAGACAGCCCGGGUUCAUCAUCUCACGGGAAGUUCACCUUCGAUCGCCAAGGCUUAAUUGAGCUCACUCACAAUUACGGCACCGAGCACGAUGAAGAUUAUCGAGUGAAUAAUGGGAAUGAGAAACCACAUCUCGGCUUUUCACAUAUUUCCAUCUCGGUACCAGAUGUGCAAGCUACCUACCAGACACUGGCCAAGGCUGGCUAUAAGUUUGAGCAGGAUGCCUCCUUCAGGAACGACCCGGUGAUAGCUCUGGAUCCAGAUGGUUACUGGGUCCAAAUCACUGAGCAGGGUCCAUCGAAUAAGAGUUCGGCUUCUAAUGCUCCUGCUCCAUCCAGUGUUAAUCAAUACGCCCUGCGAGUCACCGACGCCGCUCGAUCUAUUCGCUACUACACCGAGAACCUUGGAAUGAAACUUGUCAAAACUAUCGCGAGCGAUGACGGGAACUCAAAAACAUUUCUUUUGGGGUAUCCUUCAACUGGUCCAUUCACUGGAACAGAAGAUCUGUCACGUCGCGAAGGAUUACUCGCCCUCAUCUGGCAAGGCGGAGAGAACGGGAUCUCUCAAGUACAUAAUGGAAAUGAUCAGCCUCAAGGAUUUGGCCAUACCUGUGUUACUGUCGAUGAUAUCUAUGCAGCUUGCGCACGGUUGGAAGGGCUUAAUGUUGCGUGGAAGAAGAGACUCACAGAUGGAAAGAUGAAGAACGUCGCAUUUCUUCUUGACCCUGAUAAUUAUUGGAUCGAAUUGGUGCAGAACGAAGGAUUUACUGGCAAAGCAAAUUUCUAGAUUAGUCAUUCAAAGAUUCUGUAGCCAGCCUCAACGUCAGAUAAAUUCAGCUCAUUGCUACCCAAAAUCAUUGCAUCGUGAACUCUGUUGCUAUCAUAUUAUGCCUUGCUCAUAC